CUUUGCUGUCGUGGCCAUGCAUACGGCUCUUUCAGGUUUACUGUCUGCCUUAAAAAGCCCCCUCGACUGCUAGACUCUAUCCGAGAGAUAUCUCGAUCUCAACCACUUUUUUUUUCUUCUGUUUCGAUUCACAAGCACAUCACAAAACAGAACGCAAAAAUGGCUCCAUGGCUGAUGGGCGAGAAGUUCAACACGGUCUACCCGCACAAGGGGUCCAUCAAGGCCCUUUGGGAGACCAAGUGGAAGUUUGCGUGUGAGAAGUCAGUUUACCCGUUCCAUGACGGAUCGAUCGAGGACUUCGCACCCAUCUUCGAGAAGUUGAUCAAGGAAAAUAUCAACGACGCCUACGAAGACGCCUACACGCAGGCCUUCUUCCCCAUCGCCGAAUCCCUCGAGAAGCAAGCCAGCGAGGCGCUGAACAGCAGCAACACCCAAUUGGCCUCGGACCUCCUCCGCCGCGCCGCGGUGGUAUACCGGAUCUCGCGCUUCCCCUACGUCGACCCCAGCAAGGACGACAUCAAGAAGGAAGCCUUCGCCCGCCAGAAGCGCGUGUACCUGCAGGCGGCCUCCUUCUGGAGCCCCAAGAUCGAGGAGGUGAUCAUCCCGCACACCCGGAGAGCCGGCGGCGACGCGCCCACCGUCCCGCUCUUCGUGCGCACGCCCGAGCACGCCUCGGCCGCCAGCCCCGUCCCCGUCAUCCUGCUGAUGACCGGGCUGGACGGCUACCGGCCCGACAACAGCCAGCGCACCCACGAGAUCCUCAACCGCGGGUGGGCCGUCGUCAUCGCCGAGAUCCCCGGCACCGCCGACUCGCCCGCCGACCCCAGCGACCCCGCCGCCCCGGACCGCCUCUGGACCACCGUGCUGGACUACAUCGCCGGCCGGCCGGAGCUGGACGCCGCGCGCGUCGCCGCCUGGGGCCUCAGUGCCGGCGGCUUCUACGCCAUCCGCGCCGCGCACACCCACCGCGACCGCCUGCGCGGCUGCAUCGCCCACGGUCCCGGCUGCCAUUACUUCAUGGAUCAGGAGUGGUUGACCCGCGUCGAUGAUCAUGAGUAUCCUUUCCUAUUAACCCCCGCCUGGGCCAAGAAGUACGGCUACACCGACGUCGCCGACUUCCGCGCCAACGCCCAGAAGAAAUUCUCGCUCGUCGAGACCGGCAUCGUCGACCAGCCCAGCACCAGACUUCUUUUGUUGAAUGGCGUCGAUGACGGUGUCACCCCCAUCGAAGACUGUCUUGUCCUCUUUAAUCACGGCUCUCCCAAGGAAGGACGGUUCUUCCCCGGGCUCCCGCACAUGGGGUAUCCGCAUAGUCUGCCGGUGUCGUAUAAGUGGUUGGAGGAGGUGUUGGAGUCGAAGCCUGCUAUGCUUAAGAAUUAAAGUGGGGUUAAAUUGUGAAGAGGGGGGAGGGGAUGUGGUGGUUGGGCUGAGGUCUUGGGUCUCGGGUCGAGUAAUGAGUAACAUGAUCCAUAUGAGGAAAAUCUGAUUUGAAAGGUUUUCAUGGUCCUACUGCCGAAUUUUAAGAAUUUGGGAUCUUUGAUUGG